AUGAUGGAAAAAUCUUAUACUUUCCCGGACUAAUUGCUUGCCACCCUAUUCUAAACCAAACACUCCCUUAAACCAAUGGCGAGCCAUGAUUUAUAAGUAACUUAACAACAUUAUCAUCAUCACACUCAAAACCCUAAAUACCUUCUUCCGUACGCGUCGAUUGUUCUUCUUCACUUCAUUUACCAUUCCUCCUCAUCUGAAUCUGCGGUUGCUGCAAACAACUCCUUUGCAUGUUGCUCGCGAAAUCUAUGGAAUCUUUCCAUGGGCUUGAAGAGGCUAAAAAGUAUGAUCACACUGUUUUGGGUGUCAAACAAGAGCUUAUUAUUCAACAUGAGUGGAGCCCGGGAAGCUGGUUUUUUCUUCCACACGGCGCACAUAUCUACAACAAACUCAUGGACUUAAUUCGAAAUCAAUACUGGAACAGAGGUUAUCAAGAGGUUAUAACGCCUAAUGUCUUCAACAUGGAUUUAUGGGCACAAGCAAAAUCUAAUAAAGAGGAUAUGUUUGUCUUACAGAUUGACAAACAAGAGUUUGGAUUGAAACCAAUGAAUUGCCCAGGGCACUGCUUGGUGUUUAAGCACAAGGUUCGAUCAUAUAGAGAGCUUCCGAUUCGUUUUGCUGAUUUUGGGGUUUUGCAUCGUAAUGAGGCCAGUGGUGCCUUGAGUGGAUUGACACAUGCUAGGAGAUUUCAAAAGGAUGAUGCACACAUUUUCUGCAGGGAGUCCCAGAUAAAAGAUGAAGUCAAGAAAGCCUUGAAUUUCAUAGAUGAUGUCUAUCAAAUAUUUGGUUUCACGUAUGAACUGAAACUUUCAACGAGGCCAGCGAAAUGCCUUGUAGAUAUUGGAAAGUGGGAGAUGACUGAAAAUGCUCUCAGGGAAGCUUUGGAUGAGUUUGGCAAGCCAUGGCAGGUGAAUAAAGACGAUGGUGCAUUCUAUGGACCAAUGAUAGACAUUGGUGUAUAUGAUUCAUUGAAUAGGAAAUUUCAAUGUGGUUCUCUACAGCUUGACUUUCUGCUUCCUAAUAGGUUUAAGUUAGAAUUCUCUACCGAGGAUGAAGCCAAAAUUGAGAGACCUGUUAUGAUACACAGAUCCAUUCUAGGAUCUGUGGAAAGCAUGUUUGCCAUACUUUUAGAGCACUACAAGGGUAAAUGGCCCUUCUGGCUCAGUCCUCGUCAAGCAAUUGUGUGCCCUGUGUCCAAGAAAUCACAUGCUUAUGCAAUGCAGGUACGCGAUCAGAUCCAUCUAGCAGGGUAUCAAGUAGAUGCUAUUACAACUGAUAUGAAGAUUCAGAAGAAGGUACAAGAAGCUCAGUUAGCACAAUACAAUUACAUCUUGGUUGUUGGAGAAGAGGAAGCUAAUACUGGACAGGUGAGUGUACAAGUCAGGGAUAAGGCAGACCAUGGCGUUAUGAGUAUCGAUAACCUGCUCGAACACUUCAGAGAAGAAGUUGCAGCUUUCCACUGAUAAUUUGCUUGUGAAAACUGUUCAAACAAGUUUAUACACCAAUAACUUUCUAGUCAUACUCAUAUCUGUGUGCAUUAUUUACAUUUCAACUUGACUAAUUAACAAUGAUGUUGCUCAUGUAGUAUAUGCUUAGAGUGAUUGGUGUUAUUUAUUAUUUACUAUUGAGUGACAA